AUAUUGUUAAUUUGUAAACCGUAUAUAACGUCGAUCGAAAUUUGCUGAGUCACUGCCUGCUCAGUUUCUCACAUUUCUUUUCCUUUAUGAAAGCUAUCUAGCUGUUGUAUAUGUACCUGGUUGCUAAGAGUAAUCGUUAUUAGACGGUGUAAAGCGGUGGCCCUGUGAUUGAAUUUUAUGUUUCAGCCCCACGAACAGCAGGGAAAUAUAGUUUGCUAAUUAUGACUUGCAAGAGCAACUCUAUCACCAUAUGGUCUCUACGUUUUGGACUUUGCGCAGGUGGUCUUCUAAUGGCUGUGAAUUACGAGUAUAUGGACAAUCUGAUUGAAAACCUUUGGAGAUUUUGCUUAUCAUCAACCAUUUUCAAUUGUGUUUACUUUGAAACAUUAUGGGUAACCUUUAUAUAUGGCGUCUUCCUACAGCUCCCGAAGAUUGCUUCUUUUUUUUCAUGUUUUGAUCAAUAUAAAAUUUCCACAAAGCAAGUUCAAUGGGAUCACAAAGGUUUUCGUAGAGGUUUUUUGGAAAUCUUUUGGUAUAUCUUUCCCCUAAUGGUUCUAGAUACGUUCAUGGUAAAGAAAUAUCCUGGAGUAGACUUAACUGUGAUUCAAAUGCAAAAGAAAAACUGGCUGCAGAAGACGAGAUCCCUACCUCAACUACCACCUAAACUGUAUGAAAUUGCUUAUCAAAUUAUUGCAGCAUUCAUUUUAUAUGAUGCUCUCUUCUACAUUCUUCAUGUUAGCUUACACAAAAAUAAAUGGCUUUUUUCACACUUACACGCUCAUCAUCAUCAGCAUGUAAAAUUCAGUGGUAAAGUAACUAACCAGCUAACAAUUGUUGAAAGACUCUUGCUUAUUCUCUCAGCUAACGAGGCACUAAAAUUCGUAUCAGCUCAUCCACUUUCUCGUACUCUUUUCGUUCUCUGUCUUAUAUUUAGCCUAAUAGAAAAUCACUGUGGAUACGACUUACCCUUCACUCUGGACAAGAUUCUCCCGUUUAGGAUUUAUGGAGGAGCUCGAGCUCAUUAUGAUCAUCAUCUCCACGGAGAUAAAAAUUAUGAACCUUUUUUUACUUACCUUGAUAAAUAUAUAACACCAAAACUAUGCUAA